AUGGCGGAGGCCGUCAUCGGGUCGCUGGUCGGGAAGCUGCAGGACCUAAUGGUGAGCGAGGCUCGGAGGAUGGCGGCGGUGAGCGACGACGUAGGGACGCUGCUGGACAAGCUCGUGUGGAUCGAGGCCUUCCUCCACGACGCGGAGCCGCGGCGGCGCGUACAGAGGGACCAGCACAUCAAGGUGUGGCUGCAACAGACCCGCAGGGCGUUCGAGGACGCCGAGGACGCCGUCGACCGGUACUACGUCCAGGUCGACCUCUCCAGAUACCCAAGCUGUACUCGUGCUACCGUCAAGUUCUUUGCGGGCUUCACCACACAAGUACGUGUGCGGCGCGACCUUUCUUACAGAAUCAAAGCAAUCAAUACAAGACUAGAAGGCAUCAUCGCGAACAAAGACAGGUACAAAUUGGACGAUGCAUCUGAUGCGCCAGUUGUGACCUGGGGACUAUCAGCUGACAUUUCUACUAGCACCGAGAAGAUGGAUAAUAUUGUGCUUCCAUUGCUGGCACGAGAUAAGCAGCUAGAGUACCUGAUGAAAUACUUAAAGGCAGAAAACAACACAGGAAGGCAAGAUGUGAUGUAUGUGAUAGGAAAGAGUGGUGUGGGCAAGACAAAGCUUGUGAGGAACAUGUACGAGCAGCACGAGACCAAGCAUCACUUUGAUGUACAGGUUUGGGUGAGCGUUGCACCCAAUUUAAGUGCCCCCAGCAUCCUGAAGUUGAUCAUUCAGCAAUUGGAAGACGGAAAUGUUAAUUACCACGGAGAAAUUACCCGUCUGUACAACUUGAAGAAGGUACUGUACGAAAUUAAGUACUUGGUGGUUAUAGAUGGUGAAGUUAGCAGCAUAGAGUGGGAGCGCAUACUAACUCAGCUUCCGUACGGCAAGGCCGGGAGCAAGGUAGUGCAGAUCACACAGACCAGACCAGAAGCAUCGCACGCCACCUGGCAAUGCAUUGAACUUGAUGAUCUCAAUAUGGAUGAAGCCACCAACCUGUUCCUAGCGACACUCUUCAUGGAGGAGAUAGAUGAACAGUACUGGAGACAUGUGCAUCAGAAUGUCCGUGAAGACUUCCAAGAACAAAUCUUCUACAUUACAGGUGGUCUGCCACUUGGACUUGUGCUUCUAUCAGGCCUUUUGAGAACAAAGGAGUGCCCUGCAGAAUGGUCUACAGUGAUUGACAACCUCAAGGUCAAGGCCCUUCGAUGGAAGCGCCUCGACACCUUAUUAUCCAUGUGCUUUGAUGACCUUCCACAUGACCUAAAAUCUUGCUUCAUGUACUUUGCUGCCUUGCCAGUGAACACACUUAUCAGCGCACGUAGCUUAGUGUGCAUGUGGUUGGCGGAGGGAUUUCUGGGACCAAAAGAUGGCAAGGGAAUGGAGAAGGUGGGCGAACACUACUUGAAAGAGCUAAUUGCAAGGAGGCUGGUGAACCUUGCACCAGCGGCGGAUCAAGCUUCUGGGGACGAGCGUGUGGCCAUCCAAAGCAAAGUACAUGCCUACUUGCUUCGUGAGGCGCAGGAGGCAAGAUUUGUGGAAGUCCAUAGAGGGAAUGACAUCUCUGUGCUGUCCAAUCCGCGCCGCCUUUCCCUCCAGGGUGAUAGGGACAAGUAUGUUGCUCUCGUUAACCCUCUGCCCAGGCUACGGUCUAUAUUGUCAUACUCCGAAAAGGUGGAUGAUAUUAGGGAAGAGGAAGAAGAACUCCUGCAAGGAUCUGAGUUCCUUCGUGUCAUCAAGCUGCAUGGCCUUGAGAUUGGAGACAAGCUACCAUCUGAUAUUGGGAAUGUGGUGCACUUGCAAUACCUCGGCAUCACCUCCUGCUCUCUUAAGCGCAUACCACCAUCAAUUGGAAAGAUCGCUGGCCUCCAAACACUAGAUGUUCGAGACACCAAUGUCACGGUACUUCCCGAAGAGUUCUGGAAGAUUCGGGAGCUGCGCCAUGUUUUUGGCUUCCUGGUCCUUCCUAGGAAACUCGGACACCUAAGGCACUUGCAGACUCUGGAAAGCAUAGAGCCCCCCGAUGUUCAUGGCUGGGAGAGAACAACUCUAGAGAAAAUGUUACACCUUGAAUCGUUGUACAUAUGGAAGCUCACCGCCAGAAAUGCCAAUGCCUUGACCGCUGUCUGCAAACUCCAGUACCUCGUGGUCCUAAGCAUACAAGGUGAAAUCAUUAUCUCAAAUUUGUUCACUGAUUCCAACCUUCCGCGACUUCAGGAAAUGAGACUAAAGGGGGUUAUUGUGCAACCACUAAAUUCUCGAAAGAGCAGCUCUGGCUUCUAUCUCCCAAACUUGACGAGGCUAUAUUUGACGAAGACACAGGUGACGAAUGAAUUCAUAAAUAAGCUAGGUAAACUGCCCUUUCUUGCCACUCUUGCCCUAAACCAUGGCUCCUACGUAGACACAGAUGACCAUCUUGUAUUCAUUAGUGGGUUCCAAAGUCUCAAGGAAUUAGUACUAGAUGUGAUGCUGAAGAAGAUCGAAAUAGGGGAGUCAGUGUUUCCUAAGCUUGAGCAUCUGGAGGUUUUCACCUAUUCAGAUGAUAUUUGUGCCGUCAUUCAUGGUAACAGACCUCACAUUCUAAGCCUAAUCAAGGAAGCCGAUAUCCGCUUGUGUGAUGAAUAG